CCAAAUAUUAAAAUUCAUGGGAAAUAAUUCCCCUUUAAAGAAAGUUGAGUGAUGGAUGAUUUUGCUUUCAUUCCUAAGUUAUGAAAUGUAAAAUAAACUAGAAAGUACAACAACAUGGUUAACUACAUAAUCUAAAAUGUUUCUGUGUUUUCUCUAAUUCUAGUUUCAUUUUGAAUUUUUAACAAAUCUUGUACCUUAACCACGCCACGAUGCCUGGACCAGAAAGGUAAUGCCAUGGACUUUAUUAAUUAAAACCGUUAUUUUAUUCAAAGUAUGCCAAUUUGUUUUCAUAUCUGUUUUAAAUUAUAUAUGUGUGUGUGUGUAUGUGUGUGUAUAUAUAUAUAUAUAUAUAUAUAUAUAUAUAUAUAUAUAAAAUCAUAUUUUUUGUUUCUGCAUGAAAUAUUAAAAAAUGUAAAAUUAUCUGGCUGAUGAAUAUAUAAGCUAUAUGCUGUGAAAUAUAUUCUAAGCAGAAGAGGACAGAAUUGUUGGGGCAACAAUUUUACUAAAACCUGUCAUAAUAUGGGAAGAGCGAGUACCCACAGGAUGCAAAGAAGCCCGUCUCCACCUCCAACUUAUCCACAUAGAAACAAUAAAGAAAUGUUUCUGCACAGUGUGCAUCAGUGUAAAAAGCGACAACGUUCGCCAUUGCUUUGGGAGCUGUUACAGUGUUACUGAAAGGAGAUCUGCCACCUCAAAACUAUUUUUGACAUAAUAAUCCUUUCAUCAAGCUUGGAAUGGAUAUAGAUUUAUUUAUUUUUUUUAAAUUAAGUUUAAGUAAAAAAAGGAAAGAAAAACUGGUCGCUAUCUUUUUAGUAUAUAACAUCUUUCGGCUAUUUAUAUGCAUCUUGGGUCAGACAGUAUUUGAAAACCGACAGUCUCCAUAGUCUUCCCUGCCUGGCUAUAAAACUGUGUGAAAUACAAAUACAAAAAUCCACACAUUCACAGCCCCAUUUUCAGCUUCUUAAAAAUAUUAAAACAUUGCACUUUUAAAUAAAGAACAUUCUAUUACAGUAGCACCCAAACUACUUCUAAAAAAAUUAGAUGUAUUUUGUACUUUUAUCUGAUUUUUUUUUUUUUUUUUAAGGACUUACACCAGGGAACUUUUUGGACCCUGGCUCAUCAGACAGAUUGACAACAACAAGUUUGAUGGUGUUUGUUGGCUGGAUGACGCUCGGACAUAUUUUCGGAUUCCCUGGAAACAUCUGAACAUGAAGACUAAAAAUGAAAGGGAUUAUAAAAUUUUUAAGGUAAGUUUGUUUUGUGGUUUUGUUUUUUCUUUUUCUUUCCAAUAAUUGUAUAUAAACUUCAACGCAGCUCAUUUUGCCGAGCAAGAACAGUUAAGAAUUGAGUGAUUCAUCUCAUAUCCUUUCCAGACUCACAUUUUCCAUCUCUGAUGGCAUUACAGGAAUUGUCUACCCAGAAGUUGUUUUAUGUGAAGAAAAACUAGUGAUACUUCUAAACUAUUACCUUUGUUUACCCAAGUUCUGUAAAUGUUUUCUAUUAAGCACUCUUUUAGAGUCAAAACUCCUUUCCUUACUAAAUACAGCAGCCAAUGAAAGCUGGACAGUGACCUUCCCCCAGUAGUGAGUGUGUGCCACUUGGCAACCUCUUGGCAUAUAGUAAUCUAGAUCUCACUGAGUUAGUGCCGUUUUAAUUUAUUCAAGGCUUCAUAAAGUUCUAGAAUCUUUAAUAAAUACUUGUAUUGACUAGGUUGAAAUAUCAAUGAAAUUCCAACCCGGUCAAAAGAUAUAGUGAGACAAAGUAGGUACUACUUUGUCUCACUAUAUCUCCAAUGCCUGACACUUCUUGACACUGGAUGGAUGGAGCUACUGCCAUCAAAAUGUGUCAAUCCCCCAGUCCUCACCAGUGAAGACUGCAGGGAAAUUAGCUAUGUCUAUUUCAUAGGCCUCUUGCACAUGUGAGAUAGUACAACAGUGACAUCGGCUCCUGGCAGCUGAACCCGCCAGAAUAGCGUUGUGGUGCCCGUGAGGGACAGUUAAGUAGAUUUCACCUUUCCCUGGACACCGGAUCAAAUCAUGCAAAGUCUCCAGCCGGUGACAGUGCCACUUUAAUACACUUUUAUGGAAAAAAACUUUGAUUUACUAAUUGUCACUUCACAUUUUCUUUAUUCAAAUACAUACUGUACAUUUGUCCCUCAUCUAGGCCUGGGCGGAACAGAGUGGCAAGUACGAUGCGACAUGUGAAGAUCCAGCUACCUGGAAAAGAAACUUUCGCUCCGCCUUAACCACAGUUACAUGGGAUAACAAAAAAGUGUUUACUGAAGUUCAAGACUUAUCACACAACCAAGAAGAUCCCCACAAGAUAUACAGUGUCUACCGUAUUCCAGCAGUUCCACUUCAGCCUGCAUUUAUCAUUUCUUCUGGACCUCCUUACGCACAUGCAGGUAGGCUUCCCACCAUUCGCAUACAUGUAACACUAUUUGUUUCUUUAUUAAACAAACACUAGUUUUGUUUGAUUAUAGCUAAUUUACUACAUUUCUCAAAAACAGCUUAAGUUGCAGGUUUUCCUGGUUUUAUUUUUAAUAUUUAAUUUUAAAUUGUGGUUCCAAAUACGCAUUGAAUUCCACUAUUCAUUAAAUAUUGAGAGGACACUUGACUUUAGAUAGUACAUACUACUAUUUUAAUUAAUUUUUGUCCUGCUAUACUUCAUACACAUUUUUAAUCCAUCUUUUUAUGAUGUCUUUACUGAAGUAUUUUUGUUUGCAUCUUAUUUUUCCAUUGUUUGAAGUCCAUAUUUUAGCCCUGGGCCAAGUCCUUCAAACCCAUAUGAUCUGUUGAAUUAAAUAAUAUUUUAAUAUUUGACAGUCAGACUUAUUUAGGAAAAACACAGGUCAGAAGAUGUAUCGGUCCAGAAGGAAAUGUAAACUUAGCAUUGAGAUAUACUAGAAUUGAUCCAUGGUAACAAAUCACUCUAAAAUAAUAUAUUGAAUAGUGAAUUCAAGGAAUAACUUUACUUAAAUAACAGUGAUGCCAUUGUAUGUGAUAAAAACAAAAUAUCAAUUCUUCUGUAUUUACUAAAUGGAAGAAUGUACAGACUAGAGAGUUAUUGUGAGAUUUCUUCAUCACUUAUUUUUUUACAUGUAUACAUCCAAAGCAUAGUUUUCAUAGAUGUAAUGUUAGAUUUUUUUUCUUCAUUUAAAUAAACAACAUAGCCUUUGCCGUACCACAAGAAGAUCAAACUUUUCAAGUCCAGCAGCAAGCGACCGGUAAGGAGAAAAUAUAUAUAUAUAUAUAUAUAUAUAUAUUUCUUUUUGAAAGUUUUUUUCUAAUUUGUUUUUGUUGUUAAACUGCCUCAAAUAAAAAGUAUAAAAAGUCUUGUUAUUUUUCCAGGUGGUAAUAAUGCCUUCUCGAAUUACCUUCGAACAGAUGAAAUACAAGUUAAUGAUCCCAAUGCUGAAGAUUACGACCUGUUAAUAAGCCCCGAUUCAUCUUGUGAUUUGAGACUGCCAUCAAAUGGGUUGACAGAAGCAGUAUGUGUCUAUAUAGAUGUGUUUUCAUUGAUUUCAAAUUCUAUUGGAAAAGUUUUUUUUAAUUAUGUUUAUUGACUAGCUUUAAAGGGAUUCUAUAUGUAUAUGUAUUCCUAACACUACAGUGCCACUUGCUCUCUCCCCCUUUAUUUACUCACCCAAUUCCAGCAUCGAUGUCCCUUGGUGCUUGGUCAGUGCUUCGCCUCCUCUGACGUCAUCCGAUGGGGGGUAUCUAAUGCACAAGCAAGGUGAGCACCUCAAGUGCAUUGGGCCCUCCCCAUAGGAAAGAAUUGACUCAGUGGUUUUCUAUGAGGAGUUCACUGACGCUGGAUGUUCUCAUGCAGCGAUAAGAACAUCUAGCAUCAUUUAGGGACCAGAGUCUGGUAUACUCCCGGAAGUGCCUCUAGUGGCUAUCUACUUAGACAGCCACUAGAGGCAGUCUUUCUACUGCAAUGCAAACAUUGCAGUUUUUCUAAAACUGCAAUGUUUUAAAUUACAGGACUAAGUGGGACAGGGACACUGCACCCAGACCACGUCAAUGAGAUGAAGUGGCCUGGGUGCCUAUGGUGUCCCUUUAACUUAAAUAAUGAUUUUGAUUAUAGCGGCUUCCCUUCUAUUAUAGUCUACAAACAGGAAGUCGCAUAAACCAGCUUUGUGAAAAAGAACGCUAGUCUCUGUGUAAUAGUGCAUUUACUGCCCAAGUGUUUUCUGUAUCAGUCUACGGAACUUUAAUAUAAUUCAGCUGAGAAAGAAGCUUUUAGUUAAUGGCACCUUUUUGAUAUGGUAUUUAGGGUGGUUUGUACAUUUUUGUUCUUUAAUCCUGGCCGUUUAUUGCAUCAUUUGUAUAUUCUCUUCUAGGAACUAGAUGAAUUUUUGGAGAACUUCAACAUACAUAUCAACGAGACAGGUAAUUUGGAUGUUAUUUGUUGUAUUAUAUGAUUUUCUUUAUAUAUUUUUAUCACAAUGAUUGUUUUUUGUUUUUUUUAAUCCUGUGAGUACAUUUCUACAAUUUUACUCUAUACUGCCAUUCACAAAUGUGUGUUAGGACCAAACUAGCAUCAUUUAGGCAUUUAACAUCUAAAACCACAAGAUAUGAAAAUGAUUCAAUACUGUUGGGGAAAAAAAAUGUAUCAAGUAUGGAAGUCACCAUUAAUGUCUAUGGGAAUUUUUGUAAGUAAAAUCAUUUGGAAACUUUGUCUAACAGUAUUGAUUGUUUCGGAAAGCUUAGUAAAUUCUUUUCUUGCUUAUUAUUGUAGGAUUUUAAUAAUGCUCAUGCACAUAUUUUUAUUUUCCCGAUUCUUGAGAUAUCCACUACAUGACCAUGAACAGUUUGUUUGAAACAGGGGGUUCCCAAGGAACCAAUGGCUUAAUGGAUAGCUAGUACAAACUUUUCUCUUCCACUUUAGCGAUAUCAAUUUCGUCCAUAUUUGGUUGAUAUUUGAUGACUGAGUGGAUCAGCUGACACACUUCGCCAAUUAUUGUCAUUUACAAAUGGAAAAUUUGAUUGCCGGGCAAAAUGCUUUCCCUCAAAUGGCCCUUCCCAGAACUCAUAGGACCAGGUCUGCACAGCAGCCUUUUAUAACAAGUUAUGAUUUGAUUGGCAUUUUCAUUCAAAUCACAUGGCCGUUACUUUGUGAUGUUCAUGUUUAGGUACUUAUCACAAUCUUCAUAGGCAAAUUUUACAAAAAAAAAACAAAGAUAAGAAAAAGAUAUAUUUAUAUACUCAACAAAAUAUAAAUUGAUAGUAGCUUAAAGAAUCACCCCACAUCCAUACAACACUUCAGCAAGAGGAGAAUCCCAUAAUAAUGACCGUUUAUAAAAGUGUCUAUGUCUAUUAUAAAUCCCCUGGCCAAGGUGGUUUCUUCCUGCUUCUGUUAGUUCCUCUGAGCUAACAGAAGUGGCAAGUUCGCUUGAGAGCGCUUGCCUCCCCCUUGCAUACCUCAAAAAAGCGUCCAGACCUCAGAUCACUAUGAUGCUUGUGCAUGCGCACAGAGAGAGCCUUUUAAUGGCUUUGCAAAGGAUGGAGGUCUUGCAAAGGCCAAGGUUUAAAAGCACUGCAGCUCUUGCAUACUGUUUCAAGAUAUACCUUAAUAUGAUAUACGAAUGAAUACAUUCAUAGUGAUUUCUAUAUGUGUGUUUGUUGUUUGUGUUUGUUUUUUAAGGUUGCCAUGGUACUCUAAUUGUGCCAUUUAAAUUUUGCAUUUUAAUAGCAGGUAACAGGCUGAUUAUUUAUCCAGGCAUGUUGAAGUGCCAGAAGAAUAAAAUCUUAACAUCGAGCAAACAUUAAUAUAAGCAUACAAAAUUAAGCGCUGCACUUAAACCUUCACUACUCCUUGGUGGCAGCCAGGGAUGCCAUUAGAAAUUUUGGGGACCCUGACACAAUUUAAGGUCUGGGCCCCUGGGGCCCACCCCUGAGUCCACCCAUAGGACCUGCCCACAAUGCACACCCCUAAGUCCGCCCACACGAAUGUAGUGUGUUUGUGUAGCGGAUGCAGCGGAUGUUUGUGUAGUGGAUGAUGUCUGCCGUGGCCAGGGGCAUGCAAUAGUUGGAAGCUGAUGAUCACAUAUGCUGGACCCCCUCUUCAUUAUACAAGCUACCAGGGGUCCUGCAGGGACAGUGGUGUGAUUAACGUAGAGAGGGCAUUGAUGCAAGAAAUGUUUGGGGGGCCUCGUCUACCACAAGGGUGGCCAAAAUGUAGACCCCAUCUGUCGGUCAAGUCCUAAAAUGUUUUGCCAGCUGGGGAUCUACAAUUUGCCCAUCCUUGUGGGGUUGUAUUUAGCAUUAAGCAGAGUUUGUGUGCUUGAAUGUAAGCAUGUUUUUGUUUCGAGUAGGUGUGUGUGAAUGUUGGUGUUUGAAUGCAGGCGUGCAUUUGUGUGUAGUGUGUACACUGCCACACACACUGAUAUGAACAUACACAUAGAUGCACCCACAUAAAUAGAUACACAAACACUGACACGUGCAAAUACACAGGCACACCAACACACAGUUACAUGCACAGAUACACACAGUUGCACUCACUGACACAGUUACCAACAAAUAUACACAUACUGGUACACAGUUGCGCACACACAGGUAUACAUACACACGCAUACACUCAGGUGCACACUGACGCACAAAUUUACACAAACACAGAUACACACACAUACACUCAGGUGCACACUGACACACAGAUUUAUACACAGACACACUGACAAAUACAUGCAUAGAAUAAUUGGUUUGUGUAUUUAAAAAAAUAAUUUAACCUUUUAUAUCUGACUUACAGAUUCUGAGUACAUAAUUUCCCCUUAAGAAGAUGCUGCUAAUCUGUACUGGGAGUAAGACUGAGAAUAUGAAUUACUGCUUCUCCCCAUGUGUAUAGUGAAUGGAAAUUAAUGUAGCAUAUAACUAUAUAAAGAUUUCAACCAUUAAUAUUUUUCAUCUGAUCUCAUUCUCUCUUUUCAGAUGUGCAAGAAAAUACACAAAUAUACCAACAUAAUGUAUUUUCACAAGAACCAGUAUACCAACACACAGAGAGUGGUGACCCUAUGCCCAAUGGCUCUAUGGCCCUGGCAACCCAAAAUGCCAGCACAUUAUUUCCUCACCCUGGUGAGUUUAAUGUAUACAUACAACAUAAAACCCACAUAAAUGAAUAGUAAUUGUAAUAGUAAUUGUCAAAAUCACUUGUAUCAAAUUACAAUAUAUCACGCUUCCUUAAUUUAGGAGUUAGUAUCUUGAUUGAAGCAUGCUCAUCUGUGCGUGCUAUAUAUCAACUAGUUAUCUUAGAAAUGAGACAGAUCGAAAAAUAGGUACUGGCUAAACUAAUCUACAAAUCAGGAGUUCCUGCAUGGAAAAAAAAAAUGCAUUAGACUUGCGUCAAAGUUUAAUAUGACUCGCUUAAUCUUUAAAAUAUGAAUGCCUCGUAGCUAAAUGUAAGUUUGAAAAAACAAUGUUUUUAUGCUGACUUAAAUUUAAUUUCUGAACAGGUACAACGCACCAGACAUAUAGCACUUUUCACAAUGGAUAUUCAGAGAAUGUCACACAUGUGGCCCAAGUCUUCAGACCAGACUCAGAAUCUGUCCAUCAAACAGAGGAGCAUGUGGUAGAACAUGUUCCCAGAAUGGCUAGUAAUGCUAAAGCUCCUUUGCAUGUAGAAAACACAUGUGCAUUGUCUCAUCAACAAAGUAAGUUUACUUCUAUUAUUUACUAGAAUAUAAAGUCAAAAGGUUCUACCACAAAAUAUCCUUUUCAUGAUCCACUAUUCCUACCUGCCUAGAAUAAUUCCAGCCAACAUUGCUCCCAUUUUGUAUUUUUUCUUUUUUACCUAGGACGCUAAUUAAUACUAAUUAAUACUUCCAUAUCUCUCGUACUUGUACAAUGCAUACAUGUUUUAGCAAUUUGCAAGUAAUCUCAAAGUGUAUUUUUUUUUUUUUUUUAUUAUUAUUUUUUUGUCUACAUUUCCUAUACCUGCAUCUACCAACAUAAAUUGAGUUAACCCCUUAAGGACACAGUUUUAGAAAUAAAAGGGAAUCAUGAUGGAAUAUGUUCGUCAUGUGUCCUUAAGGGGUCAAUGGGUCUUUUUUACAGUUAUAAAACAUGCAAGUCAACACCUUUCACUCUUGACACAAUGGGGCACAUUUACAUACUAGUGAUACUCGAGCAGAUACAUUAUGAAAGUUUUGGGGGGGUUUUUUGCUGUUUUUUUUUUUUCACUUUUUAUGACUUGGUAAAUCUAACACAUUACAGCUCUCAUUGUUAUGGUUGUGCAAGCAUAGAAUUUAACGGAAUACUAUAGGGUCAGGAACACAAACAUGUAUUCCUGACCCUGAAGUGUUAAAAAUACCAUCUAGCCCCCCUAUAUAAAUAUAGUAAAAUCUUACCCUUAUUCCAGUCUGCUGCUGCCUGCUCAGCCCCUGAUCUGCCUCCGUGGCUGACAUAAUCAGAAGUGAUGGUCUGAGCCAAUCACAAUUCUUUCACAUAGGAAAGCAUUGGAUUGGCUCAGCUUGUCAAGGAGGCAGAUCAGCUGCAGAGCCAGCACAAGCCAAACACAGCCCUGGCCAAUCAGCAUCUCCUUAUAGAGAUGCACUGAAUCAGUCCAUUUCUAUGAGGAAAGUUCAGUAUCUCCAUGCAGAGCGUGGAGACACUGAAUGGCAGUGCUGUACAGUGUGCAACACUGCCCCAGGAAGCAUCUCAAGUCCUCUGAGGAGUGGCCAGUAAAAGGUUACCUAGGCUGUAAUGUAAAUACUGCAUUUCUCUGAAAAGAGAGUGUUUAUUGCAAAACGCAUGAAGGGUCUGAUUAUACUAGAACAAAGACAAUAAGCUGUAGUUGUUCUGGUGACUAUAGUGUCCUUUUAUUCCUAUAAGUCAUUAUUGAGCCUAUCUAUCAUGCUUAUAGCUAUAUCUUAUACUAUAUAUUUUAAUGAUUACUUCCAUUUUCUUGUAGGACGGAUUCCACACUUAACAGAAUGGGAAGUCACAGUAUUCUACAAAGGAAAACUAGUUUUAAAGCAAAACGUUACCAGAAAAUUUGUCAUAACAUUUGAAGAAGCCAAUCGAGCACUAGAAUCUGUUGAUCUAGUCUAUUUACCUUCCACUGAAAAGUUGGUGGAUCAGACCCAGAUCAAACAUACAAAUACUAUACUUGAGAAUGUACAAGACGGGCUCCACCUUGAGGUCAAUAGCACGGACUUUAAGCUGUAUGCCACACGGCAUGGCAAGGCAAGGGUUUAUUGGUCCAAGUCUGAAGGUGUUGAAUCCUCUACCAAUAAUACCGAAGCAAAUAUUCUGUCCAGGGCGAUCCAGAGUGAGAUCUUUGACUUUAAUCAAUAUAGAAAUGGUAAGUCCAAAUGGUGACAAUGCUGCAUGUAUUGUCUUACUAUCCUGCUAGGCUAUUUAGGGCACUAUUUUUUUCUAUUAAAACUGAUGUGUAACUCAUUUAAAAACAAGGUCAUUUUUUUUUUGCCCUGAGUUCAGAUAUGUUGGUUCUGUUGUGAGAGCACUCAUAUAUUGAAACAUGAACGCAGCCAAGUAGCACUCAUAUAUUGAAACAUGAACUCAGCCAAGCUUCCUUCUACUGUCCGUUAAGUGGGCAACUUUUCUGAUUCACAGAGCACUCACAAUCAUGCUGGUGUACUAUACCAUGCAUAUUUAAGCAUGGGUUACUAUUAUUAUUUUUAUUAGCACCUUACCUUCUUUCUUUCCUUUUCAUACUCUGACUUUCUAACAAGUUUACAAGUGAGUGAGGCUUUACCUUGCAUCUAUGCUGUGACUCCCUUAAAGGAUCACUAUAGUGUCUGCAAAACAAAGCGGUUUUCCUGACACGAUGGUGCCCUGAGGUUGCCCCCAUCCUCAGGGUCCCCUUCCCGUGGCGCUGAAGGGGCUAAAACCCCUUCAGUUACUUACUUUAAUCCAGCGCUGGGCUCUCCUCCCCCGCCGACAUCAGCGGAGCCGAAUGCAGCAAGUGCUGCGCGCUCAUUCAAUGCUUUCCUAUGGAUGCUCUGUGUGAUGGAGGCAUAAUAUGCCUCCAGCGUCGCAGAUGCGCCUCUAGUAGCUGUCCGGAAGACAGCCACUAGAGGCUAGCUUCUCUGAAACUGCUAUGUUUACAUCUGAAGGGUUAAAACCCGAGGGACCUGUCACCCAGACCACUUCAUUGAGCUGAAGUGGUCUGGGUGACUAUAGUGUCCCUUUAAAUACUUUGGAAAUCUGUUACUUUACAUGGAACUAUUAUAGUUCUCUCUGUAUACUAUACUUUCCUUCAGUGGAACCCAUUACCUACCAUAGAAGAUUUUUCUAUAACCCAUACAAUGUAUAAGAAGGCAUAGAUAUAAUAUUCUGACUUUAAUAAGCCAGCCUUAAUAGGGUUCACACAUUGGAGUUAACAUCUAGCAUAGAAACUCAAGGACCUUCUAGUAUUCUGCAGACUUAUGCAUGUAUUAACUCUUUAGCAACCUCUUUACUUUGGUCAUGUUUUAAUAAAGCCUUUGUCAGAGAGGAUAGCUUUAAAUUAAUCUCUAGUCAGAGAAAAGCUGGUUAGCUUCUAUAUUCACUCUGAUCAUAUACAACUUUUCUUCUUGAUUUGAGUUAAGUGUAUACUAACCAACUGCUUUCUGUAAGAUUUAAGAAUAUAUUAACUCUUUGGUAAACCUCAUUACUUUGGCUAUAUUUGAAUAAAGUCUACAUAAGAGAGGACAGCCUUUAGUUAAUUUCUAGUCAGAGAUAAGCUAAUUAGCAUCUGUAUUCACUCUGAUCAAGUUAAACCCUUUUUUUGUUCUUUGGUUUGAGAUAGGUGUAUACCUGUCAAUUGCUCUUUAACCCCUUAAAGACCAAAAUUCUGGAAUAAAAGGGAAUCAUGACAUGUCACACAUGUCAUGUGUCCUUAAGGGGUUAAACAUAUCCAGCUUUUAUCCACGUUCAAGACAACUAACUUUCUUUUUUGUUUUGAAUGAGGAUAUUUUGUUCCCUUUCAUAUUGAAUAAGGGUUAAGCCCCAGACACCAAUGGAGUGUAUUCCUGGUAAUUAUAUUCAGGGUGAGAGGUUCGGCAGGAGCACACAAUUCCCAACUGAAUAUUUCUAUGUUUACACUGUCCGUUAAGGCCUUCAUUUAAUAUCUGUGGAUAAGCUUUUCAAAUAACUUAAUAUUUUUGAUUACACUUUGUAAUUUAUUUAUUUUUUUUUCAAAAUAUUAAAAUAUAAUAAAUAGAUAAUCAAUAUAAUUAAAAUAUUUUUCAAAAUAUUAAAUCCUUUGAAAAUCUGAAACAAAAUAAAAAAUCAAGGCCUAAGUUAGAUAAUAAAUAGACCCAGUUUGGUACACUUUCAACUACUUACGGUAGUGACACAAAUUUUAUUCAUUACCUUGGCUGGCAGCUUCUGAGAUCUUAUGAAAAGGACCCACGGUGGCUCUUAAGGGGAUGAGAAGAUAUAUUGAUCUGUAGUCUUCUCAUUUCUAUGACACCAAAUUGCUUCUAAAUGCUCUGAGAUAACAUUGUCAGAGGCUACUGCCUACUUUUACUUCUAAUAUACUUCCAUUGGGAUUUCAAUACAGUAUAAAGGAUUUCUAUGGAAAACUCAAAAGUUCUGUUUUAAAAUAGCAACAUGAUGUAUUAUGUUAUGGUUCCUUUCAUUUAAAAACUAAUUUAUGAAAAUAUUCAAUGGUUCAAGAUCCAUGUGUUUAAUGUAUUUAGAGGGAUACUAUAGGCACUAAAAUAACUUAUAGCAGUUAUGGUGUAUAUAUCAUGUCCCUGUAGUCUCGCUGCUCAAUUCUCUGCCAUUUAGGAGUUAAUAGACUUUUGUUUCUAUUUAUGCAGCUCAAGCCAUACCUCCCCUGGCUGACUCACAAGCCUCCAUAAAAAACAAAAAGUUGUUUUGGUGCAUAAAUCAUGCCUUUGCCAUCCCAAAGCUCAGUUCUCUGCCUCUUAGGCGUUAAAUCAAUUUGUUUUUAUAGCCCUAGUCACACCUCCCUGCAUGUGACUUGCUCAACCUUCUUAAACACUUCCUGUACAGAUAGCUCUCAUGUUUAAACUUCCUUUAUUGCACAAUCGGUUUAAUUUAUAAUUUUUCUCCAGCUCUGUUAAAAGUUUGCUAGAGCCUGCAGGAGCCUCAUGUGUGUAAUUAAAGUUACAUUCACAGAACUAAGUGUAAAGUAAGUUAAGAUCUGAUCUAAAAUAAAACCAUUUUGUUUUCAUACAGGCUUUGACUAGCCAAACUUUAAACAGAAUUGACUUGGAGAAUUUAGCUUAGUCUGCUAUUUUGACCAAUCACUUUUAAUUUGUAUCAUUUCUCACUUAGGGCAAAAUCUAGCAAGUGUUGCUUGAUCUUGUAUAAGAAUUUUAAGCAAAACGGUUCCAUAAAUCUAAAUAAAUAACUCGUUAAAUUCCUAAUAGCAAAUAGUUAGUUAUAGGAAUGCCACUUCCUGACUGAAUUCUGUAUAAAUGGUUAUUCAACCUCUUAAGUUGAUUUGGCUCUAACCAAGUUACAUGAACCAAUAUAUAUUGUGUUUGUUUCCAGAAUUGAAAGAUUAUAAAGACAAUAAAGGCAGUUCCCCAGAUUACACUAUAUACAUGUCAUUUGGGCAGAUUCUGGAAAACCCCAUAAUGAGAAAACUGGUGCUUGUAAAGGUAAGCCUUGAUCUUGCUAAGAACUUUUUUCGUUCCUUAUGUUGACAGAGAUCAGGGACUCAAGAGCAACAAUGAAGAAAAAACAAAGUAACAAUAGUUUUGUGUGUUUAUUUUUCAUACAACAUUAUAUACAUUAUAUUUCUUCUAAGCCGCUUCCAAACUCAUUUGCCAUUUUCAGUUCCAUUUUCUACCUAGCGACACCUGUGUCCCAGUCAUCUUACACCUCCCAAAAUCGUGCCAUCAAUAUGAACAGGGAUGGCUCUAGACUUUGCGAAGCCUUAAGCAAAACUUGAACAUGAAUCCCCCACUGAUAUCCAUGCCUAGGAAAUAUUUAUGAUAAUUCAGAUGUCUAGGAACACAUUCAUUUUAAUACCAGCAUAUCUGCUAUAUAUGUGUUACAGAGUAGUACAGAAAGGAUCAGCACUCUACCUAGACAACACAAAACAAGGUAACGGAAGCACACGUAAAAAUAGGGCUUCCUCACAGGCCCUAUAACAAAAAAAGAUGGAGGAAAGGUGGCGCCACUAAAAGAAAAAAAUUAAAUAAUAAUCUGGUAUCAAAUAUAACAAAAUAAAGUAGCAGAAGAAGUACACAAUAAGUAAAAGUCCAAGAUAGACUGGAAAAGUCUAUGGGGUAGGGAGGUCCAAAGUGAAACCUGUCUAUAGAAAGGUGGACACAGUCUUGCUAGUAGGAGUAUUCCUCAAUGUGAUAUAGGUGAAUCCUUGAAGCUCAUAUGAAAUGGAAAGAAGAUAACAACUAAUGGUGCAGUAUGUCCCAAGUAGGGUCUGGAUACAGUAUAGAAGACCUAUAUGGUCCUACUCACGUUUAAUAGAGCUAUCUACUUAGUUCUAGUGUGGAUGGCGUACAGUGGUACAAUCCCCACUUAUAGGAUACGUGAAGUGUUUGUAGUCUUGCUUGAUGUAGGGACCAUAUGAAAAUAUAAAAAAACAGCAGUAGUGCUUACAGUAUAAAAAUAAUAAUAAAAUAUCAAGUGGUUACUCACAUUUGAUUGAGCAGGCUGACUGCUCAAUGAAUACAGCUUGAGUGGUAUAAUCCCCACCUAGGAUUCUUUGGCGUAAUAUAUUCACUGGAAAAUUAAUAGGAUCUGGUACCAUGUAAAAAGGAUGCAAAUAUCCUUAAAAAAUAUGAUAAAGAAUUAAAGUGGCUAACUCGCAGACAGAAAGAGGCCAAAAUACCUUUAUUAAAAAAUACUGUUAUAUUAAAAUACCACAAUGCGUUUCACCCUUAGGCUUCUUCAAGUUUAGACCAGAAAGUAUAACCUGGCAAAAUAUGUGUGUGCUGUAUGUGGGUUAGUGGACAUUUGAGAUUUGGGGGGGAGGGGGAGCCUGGCAGCCAUGCCGAGCGGUCACACACUACAUGGGCUCCGAGGCAAAAACCCAACAACGACUGAAAUAAUCGAGGAAAGGCCCUUAAAAGUGCCAACAAAAGCCAGGAGAUCCGACCGCAAGCGACAGCCUCUCACAGGGGAUCAACCCGAGGCCUACGGAGGGCCUGAUCAGGCGGCACAAGGUGAAGCAGCCGAUCCCUCCACCGCAGCAGCCUUUCCGGCUGGGGGUCUCCCCGGGUAACUCUACCUUCCCCCCCAUGUCGGCGGGGAUCAUCCUGGCAACCACAAGCGACGAGCCAGCAAAGAGUCGACCUGACCCUACCUGCACGACAGAACAAGCAGGGAAAAUCAUGGCGAACGCCACGUGCAGCCUAGCACCCAGCAUCACAGUGCCCCCACUAGCGGAGAGGAUUGACCGCCUACUGAAAGCUUUCUGGGCCAAACUCGCCCUCCGCAAGGAUACCGAAGAGGUGUCGCCUGCAAAGACCACACAAGAGCCAGCACAGCAGUCAGUAACCCCUAGACGAGGCCAUAGAGCAGCCCGAUUCGCGGGGAUGAGAGUGCGGAUGAUCCUGUGGAAAUCUAAACCUAACAGCCACAAGGCCAAUCCAUCGGAACACCGCCACACUCUCAAGCACCGGCCCACCCUCCAGGCUCCCAGACUGGCCCAAAGCCCACCAUGCCACCCAAGAGACUAUGCCACGCAGGGGGAUCCCAGGACCCCGCAACAACCCACCAUAGAGCUAAAGCACUCUGCCUAUGGGGUCUCACCUCGAAGGGCCUGGCAAGGAGACAUUGUCGGAGACUUGCACAAAGGCCAUUACGCCAGCAAUACCAUACACGCAUCGGGUGUAGGGUGAAUAACCCAGACUUACUACCAAUAACCGUGAGCUCCAUAUUGCACUACAUGCCUAAAGUAUAUAUUAACCCUCACUGUUUAAGCCCAUAGCACCACCAAUCUCCCGUUACCAGUUUAAACCCAGUAUGGACAGCAUGGCUAUAAGCCAGCAAAACCCAAAGCUUGUACGCCAUAGUCAGGCAAAAACCACUCCUAUAAUUGUGUAGACGGGUCGUCUCAUUGCUUAGCUAAUCAACACGUUUUAAAGCUGACUGGCGAAAGUUUUCAAUGGCAAGCUCAUAAAAUGAAGCAUGCAUACUUUUGUUUUAUUUCUAGCUUGUGUUCAACCGUUACUGCAUGCAUGUUUUACUGACGCUACUCUCAUACAAUCUGGUACUGAAACCUAAAAAAACCCUUAUGUUUCAUAUGUUAUGGUAAAUCCACGGUUUUAACGUCCUCUUAACUCACUCCCCCCCCAAACAAAUGUGCGGUUUAUUCUUAUGCAAUGCCAUGCCUGUUACCAUACAACGUGCAACUGCUGUUGGGGCAGAGCAGGUUUACUGUUACUUCAUGCACAAUGAAAAAUAAAGAAUUUAAAAAAACACCUUGCAGAACCAAGAGUUGUUUAGCUUCUUGCCUUCGAGCAAAUAGUUUAGAUUUUUAUAAUUCAGGUCUGUAUUUCAGACUUCUAGCAGUGUUUGGUCAGGUUGAAAUCCAUACUAUAAUUAGGCUCAUUCAGAGCCUUCUCUGUAAAGUACGGACAUUGGUAAAUAUUGUGGGCAAUGUCUGGAUUUAGCAUUACGAAUGGGCCCUGAACAGCAUUCACUAUGGAACCAGAGGUUAGUGAAUAUCUCUGAGAGUUUUCAAAAUGAAUUAGGUAGUCAACUGCACCAAUAUUAAAAUACUUUCUAGAAUGGUGACUGACCAGCCAUGUUACAAGUAGGUUUGAGUUCAAAAUGCUGUUGGAGAGGUGUUUGACUAUUGUUUCUCGAUAGUAUGUAGGAAGGAAGUUUUGUUUUGUUUUUUUUUGUUUUUUUUGACAAUCAUUACUUUUUGAAAGUACAAUGGAGGGUCUACAUUAUGUAGGAAGAAAGUUAACGAACUAAUGAUGACCGUUCCUGUGGGCAAAAUUGUGUCCUUCACCAGCAUGUGCAGAGAGUGCUGAUUGCAUGAAACUCUUAGCUCUCCAGGAACACAUGUCUGCCUCUGCAACAUGUAUGAAAACAUGCAUAUUUCCUGUAGGAAUCCCCCUGGGAUGACACAAUGUGGUAGUAAUACUAUUGUACUUGUGGUCUUACUAUAGGCAUUGUGUUUACGGUGGAACUGUGUGAGGGGUGGUUGUGUGGGAAUGAGCAUUACUGUCUGUGGGGUGGUGCCUGUGUGUUCAUGAGGGUGACUGUGGUAGAGUGGUUGUGACAUGGGACUGCAACAGGGUGAAUGUGACAUGAUAGGGUGACUGCAUAAAAGUGAGUGUGACAGGGUGACUUUGACAAUGUAACUACGUGUGAGGAUAAGUGCGGAAAGUGACUGUGACAUGGCGGCUGAGUGUGUGGGAUGAUGUGACAGUCUGUUUGUGUGGGGGGAUGAUGUGGCAGGGUGUCUAUGUGUGUGGGGUGUUGUGACAGGCUGAGUGUGUGCGCUUGUUUUUUUAAAUUUUAUGUAUUUUCAUCUAUAGUUUAACCCCCCUUCUGAUUUUUAGCAAUGAGGGAGGCUCUGAUCCUUAUUCCAGGUGGGUCAAGUUUCCCUGGUGGUCCCAUGACCUGCCAGCUGAAUCUGCCUUCUGGAUGUGAGCAGACCCCUCAGAAUCCGUCUCUGACUGGGAGGUAGCAUUUGCUGAGCGCUGCUCUCAGGCAGAACACAGCCUGCAGAGUGAGCAGCUCGGGGCGCCGUGCAGGAAUAUAUCUAGAUCUCUCAGCUGGCCGGUGCUGCCUGGGGGAGCUCAACAGAUCUAGUGCCAGAAAGGUAGCACUAGUUCAUCUUCUAUUGGGUUGCCAAUAAUCAAGAUUAUUUUUGGCAAUCCUCUUAUGAUAUCACAGGACCUUGUUUUGGCACACCUUAUAAUUGUUUUAUCAAGAAGUAAGGUUUUUUUAUGUAAAUUUAUGUAGGAGACUGUAGGAUUUCACUUCAAAGACUAAGAUAGUCUGUAGUGGGUACCUUACUACUUAUCUUCGAUCCAGUGAAAUCAUUUUGUCAUCUAUUUAUGAAGUUUAGUAUCACUAGAUGUGGUGUAUGUGCACGUGUUUAGUAUAAUGGUGUGUGUAGUGCCCUUAGUAUUAAGGGACUUUUUAAUUUAAAUAUUAAAAGUGACGUUUUAAAUUGACAGUUUUACUUGAUAUUUCAGUGUUCCUCUGGUGUCAAUACGAAUUAAUACGGGAAUCUCCAACCUCUUUUUUUUUUUUUUUUUUUCUAGUUGUGAUUCAUUGUCUAUCUUUGUGAAUGAGCAUGUAAAUUGAUUAUAUAACUAUUCCUUCAUUUUCAUGGCAUUCAAUACUGCUGAUUUUGCAGGGACGUUUUCUCUCUGACACUCAGCUACGCUCGAGAAAUGAAACUGCACAGUUUAUAUACUCUUGUAUAAACAAACGUGUGCACUGUUCUCAGCUGUUUUACCAAUAAACUAGGCAUGCUCGUAAAUUAGAACAGAAUUUUUUUAUUCAUAACAUUCUAUGGCAUUAUAUCUUUUAUUAAAAUCUAUGAAUGAAGCUCUCUAGUCGUCAUCAUAUUGAUGAAUAAACAAUAUACACAUGUCAGAUGCUGUGGACAUCUACAAACUAAUGGCUGAGAAUCAUAUGGCAGUUUUACUGAUCAACAAGGUAGAAUUGGAUUUGAAUUGCAACAAGGCUGAUUUCAACCUGUUCCAAAUAAGGACCACCAAUUUGUGCUAUAUGUGCCAGCUCACUGAAACAUGGCUUGCUCUGUUUACGCACUAUAUAAAGCUAUAGACAGCUGCAAAUCCAUUUAGCAUAGCACCCUCCUUUUUUGGUUUCCCAUGCUUUUUCCUAAAGCUGUUUUACUGCCAGUUCUGAUCAUGUGUCUAUACAAAUCUGUGCGCCCACAAACCUCCCAAAACAAGUGUCAAUAAGUAAAAAUACAGGGUACUUACAGUUUGUUGGACUCUUUAUAUGCAUCGAAUUUAUCACAAAUUAUUUUAUCUGUACAUUUUUGUUGUUGGAUUUUGUUUUCUAUAUUCAUAUGGAAAUUGCUCUUCAAUACAAAUUAAAUAGAAAAAAAAACAAAGGAUGAAUCUUCCAAAUGUAAUUCAGAAUCUUUCUCUAGUUCCUAUACCAAGGAAGUCAGGGUUAGAGUGUGGGUAUUCGUCAUUCUCAAACUCUUAUACUCUCCUCCUAAGUUUCACUUUCCUAUUCCUGAGAAGGGGUUGAUUUUAUCACCCUGGUCCAUCCCCUGUACAUGUUUAGAAUGCUGUGUUUAACCUUUGAUUCCUAAAAUGAGACAAACUGUAAAGCAUAUCUACAUUUCUUCCUAGUGUUUUUUUGUAAGGAUGUCGUUUAUGCUUGUUUUGUUUUAGGAGUUUUUUUUGUUUUGUUUUUAAGGACUUUACAUUGAGCUUAAUAAUUUAAUCAGCUGAAAAAUCUGGGCCAUUUAAAUGGUAAUUUCUUUCUCAUUUGACGCAUAACAGAUGCUAUAGUGAUCAAUGUCAAAAGGUGGUGAAUAGGUAAAGCUUUAUUGCUUUCACCUCUUUCUGAAGGUAAAAGCAAACAGAGACAGAGCCAAAGCAGUAUUCGUCUGUAAAGCCAAUGACCUCUGAAAAAAAAAACUACCUUUAAGUAGUGGAGUUUUUGGUAAUGCUGGAUGUCCCCAUGCAUAGCAUGAGGGUGUCCAGCAUCAGUUAGGCAACCAAAAGUCGCCUAACGACCCGGAAUUCCAAAAAGUGGCUGUCUAGGAGACCGCCACUAAUGGUGUUAGCCCACAAAGGUAAUUAUUGCAAUUUAUUAAAAACUACAAUAAUUACCAUUUGCAUGGUUAAAGGAUCUGGGGCACUGCACCCAGACCACGUCAAUGAGCUGAAGUAGACAGUGUCUCUUUAAUUUGAAGCUUUAAAGUGUGAUUACUCCAGCUAACAACUACUUUUAAUUAUUAGUGAGCAACACAAAAAUUAAAAAUCCCCCAACAUUUUGCGUAAAAUCUAUAAAUACCUCAGGAUCCAAGGGACUUUUUUUUUUUUUCUCUUUGUGGUUUAUAUACCUAUUCUAUCAUUUUUUUGUUGUUGUUGGAGCAGAUUAAAAAAAAUAAAUAAAUAACAAGCAAACGUCGUUAUUCCAAAUGAAAGAGGAUAUUAUAAGGUGGGCUAAUAACAGAGACGUUUGACUAUCCUGCAAUGGAUUGUAGGUUAUUAUUUUUGUUUAGAGCUUUUCCUUACUGACAAUAGAACGUGAAAGACUGGAAGCAUAGGAAAUGCACUCGUAAAGGGGUUAACCCUAGAGUAACUACAGAAGUAGUAGAAGGAAAAAGAGAGCAAAUGAGUGCCCUAGAACAAUUACUAUAUAACCUUUAAUAGUAUAGUUAAAAACAUUGAAUAGAUAUAGGUAAAAGUGCUAUGUCACAACAGAUACCUAUAAACCUACCUAAAAUCUCCCCCAGUGUCAAGCUAUUAGUAACAAGUGUCAAUAUAGGGAGACUAUAGCAACUUUCACUAGAUCUGUAACUGGAAGUAUGUCUGCUAGAUAGUUAAACCUCAAAGUUGCUAGGAUAAAUCUCAACCUAAUAGUUUUAAAGGACCACUAUAGUGCCAUUCAUAAACAUAGCAGUUUCUCUGAAACUGCUAUGUUUAUGAAAAAAUGGGUUAACCCUAGAAGGACCAGGCACCCAGAACACUACAUUAAGCUGAAGUGGUCACUUUUGCACUGACCCUAUACAAGUGUGUGUGUGUGUGUGUGUGUGUGUAUAUGUAUGUAUGUAUGUAUAGUGUGGACUGAUUCCCCAAUAAUAGUUGCAUAUAAACAGCUAUUCACCAGUUGUCAGUGUAACAUCCCUUGUGCAAAGUUAUAAUAAACUAAGCAUCACACGAUGUAUAUAGAUUGUGCAGAGGAAGGUAUAACUGCACAGUCAAUUGUAUACAUAUACAGUGCUUCCUAAUGAUAAGAGAGGCACUGGAAUGUAUACAAGUAGUGCAGAUAGAAUUUAUAUUGCCGCAGAAAAAAUGAAAGAAGCGUGUGUGUAUAUAUAUAUAUAUAUAUAUAUAUAUAUAGCGGCAUAAAAUGGUGUGCAGACAUUCAAAGUGCUGGGGAUAAUGUCAUGGCCCCAUACUUCGGCUGAUCAACAAUUAAAUAAAUCCUUACUACUAGAACUUGGAGGUAAAAAAAAAAAAAAUCGAAAUACAAAGUACGGGCAGAGUCGCUAUGCAGUGAUAAAAUCUCAUGGCGAACCCCCACUGCAGUGGGAACUAAGCCGAAAAAUUAUAGCACUUUUAUCUAUAUCUAUUCGCUGUUUUUAACUAUACUGUUAAAGGUUAUAUAUUAAUUGUUCUAGGGCACUCAUUUUCUCUCUUUUUUUGACAAUAGAACAAUGUUACAGACAGGCUGACAUUUAAAAGACAUUAUUACAUAGAGUCUAAAAUAAUAUACAUGUACAGAAUGAUAGAGUCUCCUUUGCUUCCUGCUGCAGUUAAUUAUUUCAGUGAAGUAAAUAUACUAAACUAAUUUACUGUUGCUAGUGUUUCAACCCACAUCUGUUUUUACAGUUGCAGCGGCUGUUAUUUUACACAGAGAAAUCACUAUAUGAUGAUGUCCUGAUAAAGUUUUGUAACAAAACUGAAAUGUCGAAAUUUGUAUUUGCUGAAAGCACUGGCGGAUCCAGAGUCUUAUCUCGGGAGGGGCACUCAUAGAAUAUUUAAAGAAACAAUCCAGGCACAGUAACCACAACAGCUCUCUGUAGUGGUUAUGGUGCCAGGAGUGCCAUGGCGCCCUCCCAGAGUAAAUAGUCAAACAGUUUAAAAACAGUUUGACAGUUUACUUGGGGUCUGCCAGGAUAGGGGCUGUAGUAGGGGAUAGAGCCUCUAGUAGUGUGUGUGUGUAUGGGAGGCACUGAGUGUGUGAAGGAUGCAGGGUGGGUAUGGGAGACAGUGUGUGUGUGUGUGUGUGUGUGUGUGUGUGUGUGUGUGUGUGUACGGGAGGCAGUGCAUGUGGGCCAGUGUGUGUAUAGGGGUGCACUGUGUGUAGGAGGGGCAAUGUGUGUUUGUGUGAGGGGUGUAGUGUGUGCAUGGGAGUGCAGUGUGUAUAUGUGGGGUGCCAGUGUGUGUAUGAAGGUGUAGUGGGGGCAGUGUGUGCAUGAGAGUCCAGUUGGAAGUGUGUGUGUGUGUGGGGGGGUGCAGUGCUUGUAUGGGGUGUAGUGUGUGUGUGUGUGUGGGGGGGGAGAAGUGUGGGGUGCAGUGUUUGUAUGGGGAGCACUGUGUGUAUGUGGGGUGCAGUGUUUGUAUGGGGAGCACUGUGUCUAUGUGGAGGGUGUGUGGUGGGGGUGCAGUGUUUGUAUGGGGAGCACUGUGUGUAUGUGGGGUGCAGUGUUUGUAUGGGGAGCACUGUGUGUAUGUGGGGUGCAUUGUUUGUAUGGGGAGCACUGUGUCUAUGUGGACUGUGUCUAUGUGGAGGUGUGUGUGGGGGGGUGCAGUGUUUGUAUGGGAAGCAGUGUGUAUGUGGGGUGCAGUGUUUGUAUGGGAAGCAGUGUGUAUGUGGGGUGCAGUGUUUGUAUGGGCAGCACUGUGUAUGUGGGGUGCAGUGUUUGUAUGGGGAGCACUGUGUGUGUGUUGGGGCAGUGUGUAUGGGAGGGGCUAUGGGGCAGUGUGUAUGGGGGCUAUGGGGGCAGUGUGUAUGGGGGGGUAUGGGGCAGUGUGUUUGGGGGGCUGUGGGGUCAGUGUGUAUGGGGGGCUAUGGGGCAGUGUGUAUGGAGGCAUAUGGGGGCAGUUUGUUUGGUGGGGCAGUGGGGGCAGUGUGUGUGGGGGCAGUGUGUAUGGGGGCAUGUGGGGGCAGUUUGUUUGGUGGGGCAGUGUAAAACAAAUGUUUUUUUUAAUUAAUAAAAUAUUAUUUAUAAUCCCCCCUCCCUUCCUACCUUUGCCCAGGGAGGAGGGAUAUCGCUUGUAAUCCCUGGUGGUCCGGUCGAAUCCCUGGUGGUCCAGUGGUGAGAGUGAACUCUAACCUGCACCUCCUGAGGCUAGAGUUCCCCCCCCCGGAUCCGCCACUGGCUGAAAGCUGAAUAAUAAAAGCCAAGUUUUGUUUUAUUUUUUUUAAAAAGGUCCUUGGAAUGCUAUCAUUCUGUGUUUUUUUUUUUUUAUACUAUUUACAUAUCAGCAACAUGAAUUCAGUACCUUCAUACACCCUGGAGUGCAGGUUUUCUGUAUAUAUCUUAUUUAUUGCAGUUUGCACACUGGCUGUAUCUACUUAAAAAAAAAAAAAAUAUAUAUAUAUAUAUAGUAUCUGAGAGAAAGAUGCAUGUGUAUACAAUUUAUAAUUUUGGUAACAGAAAACAAUUUUGUGACACUCUGUUUAAUACAUUACAUAAAGUAGAGAAUAAAACAAAAUGAGAAAAGGAAGCUAGUGUCAACUCUUAAAGGGGCUAACCCUGAAAACUAAAGAAAUAGUGAAAAAGUAGAAAGAAUGAGUGCCCUUUAAAAUUUUAACUUUAUUAAUAAUCCUCUAAAAUAAAUUGUCACAGAACUAGUGACUGAAUGUAGUGAAUUCACUAUUAAAAUGAAGUCAAAAUAAUUGUCCAAAAUACAUUCCUAAAGAAUAAAAACAAGCUAAUGGUGUGGUUCUGUUCAAAAGUUUUCAGAGACCAACAACCAAUAGUGUGUGCAAAAAGAUGUUUUGCAAUACACCUAUGCUGAAAGAAUAAGCCUCAAAAAUAAUAUCCGAUAGAUGCUUCUCCUGUAACAUAUCAAGUAACACUGUCUCAAAUGAGAAAUAAAUACAAUGUUGCCAAUGCUGCAAGCAUACUAAACCAAAUGUAUCAACAAAGGUGAAAAAACGUCUAACCUUUCCAGCUCACUAAAAUGCAAUGCUGAUUUAUGUAUUUCCUCAUAGCAUGAAAUACGGAGUCUCUAAAGAUUUUCCAUAAUAAGGAGAUAAUGUAUAUAACGCAAGCUAGAAGGGAAAAAGUGCUCAGUGGUUAAAACAACUGCGGUAUAAUCUGAUCUAAAUCCACAGUGUGAAAACCAUGAGGUCCCCUGACGCGCGCGUUUCGCCCACCGCUCAUCAGAGGGGAACUAAAUAAAGUAGAGAAGUUUUAGAAACUCAACAGCCCUUUAAACUGACCAUCUGCAUGUGUGUGUACACAGGACUUUAUCGACUUUUUGUUUUGUUUCUGUUUUUUAAAAUGGGUCUGUUUAUUUUAAUAUUACGAACAAUAAAAGUUGUUUUAAUAAGAUUUCACGGUCACCUGCCAAAAUCUUCUAACUUUAAAUUAAUAUGUCCUCUUCAUUUUAGUUGUUGGGGUGUAGGUGCACUUAAAGCCAAAUGCCCUAUUAAAGGCCUUCAUAUAUCCGUGGGUGAGCAGAAUAUUGCCUUAUUCGCAGAUGACAUAUUACUCUUUCUCACUGACUCCAAGUCAUCCAUGCCACAAAUUUUCGACCUCCUCUUCGAACAUGGGUCUAUUUUAUAUUAUAAAAACUACCUGGGCAAAACAAAGGCACUUUUCUUGUGACACCCUCAGCGUCUUCUGGAGUCCCUAUGCAAGGAAUUUCCAUUUGCCUUGAAAGGGAACUCAUUAAAUUACCUGGGUAUUAGACUCAUUCGUAUUAGACCUACUCCCUAAACGAGAAUAAUACUAGGCUGCUGACUCAUUUUGAGGGUGAAAUUAGGCAAUGGUUCAGGUCCCAUCUACCCUCCUCAGCAUAUUUCAAAAAUUACACUCUGCCCACAUUUGGAAGCAUAGGUUCCCCUGAGUGUUGAAUGGCUCUAUGAGGUUGCAGUUGAGGCAAAGUGUUCUGGGGGUUCCUGAUAGUAUGCAGCCAUGGCCAGUUUUCAUCCGCUUGCCAUGGUGAUGGUGCAACAUUCACCCUUUUGGCUUGUGUUACUCCUCCAGUCACCCAUUUAGGGUUAAAACAGCUAAUGUGGGACCUCUGCGCUUGUUGAGUUCCUCUACCUCACUUCUCCAAACUUCAGCAUUUUCCCUGUCCAUUUUGGUGUAAGUAGUCUAACCUCCUAUGUUCAUAGGUUAUUUCUAGGGCCUGUGUCUGCCCCUUCUUGUUAUACUCCCCUGAUCUUCCUCUAUCCCUGUGGCAUGGCCCCAGUUGGAAUGAACUAAAAUAUACCAGUUUUAUAAUUUUGGAGGGUAUUGGGCAAUUCCUGGAUCUACAAAGGGACUAUUUACUAUCAGGUAGAGAACGUAUCACAUAAUUAGAGUGCAACAUAUUCUCUUGUUCUGACACAUUUUUAUGGUGUAUCUAUGAAAAUCCAACACUGGGAAACCAAUUGUUCAUGAGGUGGCACCUGGUUACUAGCAGAUUGUCCUGGAUAUUCAGGGCCUUUUUGGAAUUCUAGUACAGAGCAGGGCACCAUCCAUCAUAUAUUCUGAGCUUGUCAUCAUUCUGCGCAAAACACUAAUUAAGGGCUUUCCCACAUUUAGCCUUGUUUUCCAACUUGAAGUUUACUUAUUAGAUAGGUGCCCAGAUAUGAUGCAGGGGGGUAAAAAAGCACUUUUAUUACAAUUGUUCUUUGCCACUAAGGUGUGCACUGUGGGGGCCAGGAAGUCAUUGGAAGAUCUAGAUGGGUGCAAACUAUUGGGUCACCUAGCCCCCAUUUGUCUGUGUGAGGUUAUGUCUCACAGAAUUACGUGUUCUUUACACAAAUUUGAAAAGGCUCCAUGGGUCACUUUCACUUCCUCUUAGAGGAAUAUUCUUAAACAUUAACAUUAUUUAGAUGCAUUGAUAUUCUGGCAGAACUUGGGCCGUUCCACAACGAAACUGUUUGCUCCACAACAUUCUUGGGGUUGCUUAUAUUCCUAUUUAGUAUUACUCUACGUGUUGCUGUUGUUUAUAGACAUGUUUGUGUUCUCCCAUAAUUUUAUGUACUGUGUAUGUGAAAUGCGCUGUCAAAGCCUAUUGUAUUUAAAUUCUUUAAGCUCCAAAUAAAAAUUUACAAAAAGCAGAUGUACUAGAACUGGUAAACUCAAGGUAUAGGCAGUGGUAUUUUUUUGUUCUUUAUAUAUGGUGGUGCUUAGAGCAUCUAAUGACAGAACAAGAUUCUUUCCUUUCAAAAAUGGCUGUGAGGGUGGCGCAUGCUGAUAGUUUCCACAGGGACUGCUCCACUUUUAGAAUAUUGUCCACAGCCACUGUUUUUAUAAAUACUAUGCCGUUAACUGACUUCGUAUUACCUGCUGCUGACAAUCUGUGCCUUUUUUCUUUUGAUGAUUUUCUGUAUUUAUAUAUAUAUAUUUUUUUUUUUUUUUUUUACAGCUUGUUCCUCAGUUCUGUGUAUACACUCAUGAGAUGCUACGGAGAGAAGGAGUUUCAUCACUCAACCAAGAAAAUAUAAGUCUGCAGAUCUCCAAUGGGAGUAGUUUUAAUGGUGAUGAACUUGAUAUUGCAUCUUCUAUGGACAUUGACUUCAGUUAUUUGAUAUAAAUUAUAUCAAGUUCUUAAUAACCAUAGAAUGUCAGGUGAUCAUGGGUUCCAUAUACUGUUUAAAACAUUAUUUGUUAUGUUAUGGUAUGAUAAUUCAGUCCAUUGUUUUUUGGGGGGUUAAUAGGUUGAACCGCCAGACUAUACCUAACAAAUAUGUAGGACGAGGCAGCAAAGUCCACAUUCUCACUAUUUCUAAAAUGCUUUACUAAUGGUUUUAAGGUUAAGUGAAUGUAGCAAAGUGUAACAGAGGUUCCAGAUGCGUUGAACUGGAAAAUUAUUUGUAGCAUAUGGGAUCAAUAGCCGAUGGAAUCCCUAUUCCACGUGUUCUUUACUGUUGCAUUAUGGUCAAGACAAUGAGAGCUUCUUGUACCAUGAGCGAACAAGGCAACCCCUUUUCAGAAACUAUUUUUGGCUUUUUCUCUGAUGUGCAGACAAAAGGGGACAAGUUAACUAAGAAUAGUAGGUCCCUAACCACUGACAUUUGGCAUGUAUGCCUUGGGCAGCAAUGUUCUAAUAUUAAGCACAGAACUGCAAAUGCAGACGGGUCUAUUUUACAUUCAUGGGGAAAAUUCUGGGACAAGGCGCAAUCUGCAAGAACAUUCCAUUUUUUUCUCCAUGGUGAUUGCCCCACUUUGUGUCACAACUGCUGUUUAUGAAUAACCAAUAGUCUGUUUCACGGAGUCUGUCCACUGUAAGCACAUCCAUGUUCAAUACCACAGUUUUUAUUUUUUUCAUAAUUAUCCAGUGAUAUAUUCCAGACUCAUGUCAAGAUGAUGAUGGGUUUUUUUUUUUUUUUUUGUUUCUUUUUUUGUUACUCCGGUUUUUAUCUGAGAUUUUAUUUUCUUACUCCCGGAAAAACUUCUCGUGGUAAAAUUAAUUUAACAUUCCAUGUAUUAUUGAAGCUGGACUUGUGCCAUAAAAAAAUUAAAAAAAUAACUUACACUUUUUAAAAAAAUAAAUAAAUAUGAGUGUACUGUUUAGAGCCACAUUAAAGUGGAUAGAAACAAAAACAAUUCAGCGUUGUGCCUUUAAGGCCUUCCUCUCUGUUAAAUCUAAAGUAAGUUCUGUAUAUAUUGUGUGCUUAUAUCAAUACAAUGCUCCUUAUUUUUUAAUCAGCCUGCUUGAUUAAAGAAUAGCUUUAAAAAUACAUUGUAUACAUAUGUUGUGCUAAUUAACCCCAUAAUAUUCCAUCAUGAUUUCCUUUUAUUCCACAAGUUGUGUCCUUAAGGGGUUAAAUAAGAGGGAGUUGAAAUAGCUAGCAUUAUAUACAGAGCCUGAUCUCAGAUUUAGUGAUAGUGAAAGGUUUAAAAAAGAAAUUUCAAGGCAAGCAGAAAGCCUACUUGCAAAUUGCAUUGUUAAAACUGCCCAUUUGUAAUAAGUUACAGCUUGUGCAAACCAUUUGCAUUUAAUAAAAAGGACUGACAUGUUCCUUUGUCAGCCUUUACCUGUGAAAUUACUGAAAAUGAAUUUAAUAUCCAAUCAAAUAUUAUUUAUUUUUUGUCCUUGAUUGAUAUUCAAUCAUGUUUAAAGCACAAACCAUGCUACACAGGUUAUCCAUCAUUUUAUGUAGAGAUGUUUUUCAAAAAUCACUAGAAUAGACAGAUGAUACUUUUCUGAAAAUGUAUAUAAUAUUUAAGUCGGUGUUCACCAUCUAUAAUGUUCUUGGUUGGGAAAAAAACAAGGCGGUUGGACUGUGGAUACAAGUUGUGUGUCCAAACUGCCUAGCCAUGUAACUCAAAUUAAGGUUCAGACAGAGCCAUUUGCAUCAAUAAUCAUUUUUUUAAUAGGCUGGGUGAACAAAUAUCUCUAUGAAUGAUCCACUCUACAUUCAGUACAGGAAUUGGAAAAGAACCCCCUUUGCUUUGUGAGCCAUGGGUGCUUGUACAGUAAGGGGCUACAUUUUAGCAGCCUGGGAGAGAGGGCUUUGUGCACACUGUUGUAAAAGCAAUAGACUGCAAUGCCCUCUAUAGUGUAACGCUAUAGUCUUAGCCGGGUUAUGGCACAUAUAUAUGAGGUUUAAGCCUAAAUUUUUUUUUUAUUAUUAUUUAUACAUUGUGAUAUCAUUUUUGGGAAGUUUAUUUCCUUAAAAUGCCAACAUUUUCAUUACAAAAACCCAGAAAAUUUGUAUUUUCUUUUUUGAUUCAUUUUAUUCACCACUAUUAUACAUGACAAAUUGUAUUUGGUUUUGGGUAUUGAUGUUUCAAAGAUUGUAAAAUUUUGGCGUGUGCUUUUUUUUUUGUUUGUUUGUUUCUUCAUUUACUAUACACAUGUUAAACAAAACCGCUAUAUAUCAAAGAUGAAAUUAUUCUGAACAAAACAAUUAAAA